CUUUGUGCAAGGUCCACCUUACAAGCCUCAGCUCAGCAGUUCCUGGAAGGGACAUACUUCAAUGCACUGUGUAACGCCCAAUUGAACCACAUGCAUUAGAAAGGAAGUUCACCAUUGAAAACUCCGCCAUUGUUAUCUGUUCCUGGGGACACCUGCAAAGAUCGGUGUGGAGACAGCUCCCCAGGCUAAGGUGUCUUCCAUGAUGUUCCAAGUGCAAGGUGCCCAAAUGCUUCGGAAGCUGGAGGGAUUCUUGAGGAAGAGCCUUCCUGAAUCCCUUAAGGUUUAUGGGACCGUCUUCCACAUGAACAAGGGAAACCCUUACAAACUAAAGGCUCUGGUAGACGAGUGGCCUGAUUUUAAUACAGUGGUGGUCCGCCCUCAGGAGCAGGAGAUGGUGGAUGACUUUGAUUGCUACACCAAUACUUACCAAAUCUACUCCAAGGACCCUGGGAACUGUCAGGAAUUGCUCGGCUCACCAGGAGUCAUCAACUGGAAACAGCAUUUGCAGAUCCAAAGUUCACAGCCCAGCCUGAAUGAGGUGAUACAAAAUCUUGCAGCCAUGAACUCCUUCAAAGUUGAACACACACAGUGUUUUCUCUAUGCAGCGCUUGACUCUGUAAAGACGCUGAUGCCUUCCCUGUUGGAUACAAAGAACGUACCACCUGGUGACGGCAAACCCAAGUCCAUCAAUGAAGAAAUGUUUAAACUCUCAUCCCUGGAUGUCACCCACGCUGCCCUGGUGAAUGAAUUCUGGCAUUUUGGUGGCAAUGAGAGGAGCCAGAGAUUUAUCAAGCACUGCAUCCAGAACUUUCCCAACUUCUGUCUGCUGGGACCCGAGGGAACCCCCAUCUCCUGGAACCUAAUGGACCAGACAGGAGAGAUGCGGAUGGCAGGCACCAUCCCUGAGUACCGGUGCCAGGGCCUCAUCUCCUAUCUCAUCUAUAACCAGACCCAGGCUCUGAACAAACUCGGCUUCCCCCUAUAUUGUCACGUGGACAAGAAGAACAAAAUUAUGCAGAAAGUAAUUUACAAGAUGCAAUUCAUCUGCAUGCCCUGUUCCUGGAACCAGUGGCACUGCGUGCCUCUGUGACGUGUCAGAUGGGCUCGGGCUUGUGGCUCAAACAGGGGGUGGGUGGGGAAAUGGUCCACCACAGUGAUCUCUGCACUCAUAUCACCCACUGAUGGGCUUCCUUGAGAUGUCUCAGUCUGGAGCCUUCCCAAGUACGCCACAUCAUUUAGUUCCCCACACUUCCGGGGAUCUCCAUGACACUUUCAUCAGCUGCAUGUUGUCCCAAAAGGCUUCUCCUGGACCUCCUAGUGCAUGAAUCAGUAGAGCCUUGCCAAGUUUCCCAGGAAGGGUAAUACUUCCUGGGCAUUAUGACUUAUUCCUUUCUUUUUCUAUGGUUUUUCUCUUCAUAAUCAGCAAGUGGACUCUGCUCAUGAGGUCUGUAGAGAUUAUCCUCUUCUUGACUGCUUCUUUGUCAGUACGUGAAACAAUAAUACACAAAUAUAUAUGAAAUAUUAAGUUAAUCAUAGUGUACAUAAUAGAGCGGGGAGAGUUACUAAGAAACAGACUAACCAUAUUUGUCUGUCCCCUCCUCACUCCACACCAGGGAAAAUGAUUAUUGUUUCCACAAGCAGAGCUUCCUAAAUCCAUCCAAACGCCCAAACAAUAAAGAGACUUUGUGUUUGAUUAUACAAGUUGAAGUCA